AUGGACGAAUCUCCCAACCGCGAUGAACCAGUUCGCGAUCCUGCGGAACCUCCCCUUCCCAUUCCGGAGAUGAUGUUUGCGGCGGGCGAUGAACCGGUAGGUGUCAGAGUUCUUACCUACCAAUCCUCUACGGCUAUCAAUCACAUACUAGAUUCCCUGGAAGAAGAUGAGAUCCAGAGAUUGCGCUUGUCUCCCUUUGGUAAGAUUGUUGACAUCGCGGAGAAACCGGGUUUCUCGGGUAGAUUUGCUAGAUACAUGUUGUCUAGACAGUUGAAGGUGGAGAAAAAAUAUGAGGCUUGGUUUCGGUUUGCGGGGAAACCGAUAAAAUUUUCUCUUCGCGAGUUCGCGAUUGUAACCGGUCUCCACUGCGGUGAAUACCCGAAGAAGACGAAGGUGAAGUCAAAGUCGAAGAUGAAGGAGAAACCUUAUUGGGCCGAGCUAUUUGGGAACAGAGAGGAGAUUCGGGUUUCGACGGCCCUAAAGAUGCUAAGGAAAAAAACGAUAACCGAUUCAGACAUAAGGAUUAAGGUGGCUUGUCUCGCGAUAGUCUCUUCGGUCCUCCUCUCCACAAACCUCAAAAUGAAGAUGAUGAAAGAACAUGCUGAGGCAACAAAAGAUCUCGACCAGUUCUUUUCGUAUCCGUGGGGUCGCCUAGCUUUUGAAAUGCUUAUGGGUAGUAUAAAGCAAAGAGACGAGGUCGCCUUCUCCAAUGAUACAAUAGCACUGAAAGGGUUUGCAUUGGCACUACAACUGGUUAUGGUAGAGGCUGUACCAUCUCUAACCGAAGUUGUCUUGGAGACUUGUGCAUCUUCUGAUUCCGAUAGCAGCGACGAUGGAGAUGAUAUCGUGAAGAAGAGGAACAAACAAAAGACACUGAGCCCCGGGCAUGCUCGCAAAGAGGACAAAAAAACUGAUGUUUUGGUUAGAAGCAUUAUCCCUGAUGAUCCGGAUAGACCAAUAGAUAACGUUAUACUUGUAUGGGCAGACGAGGUGUGCGACGUUAAAGUAGAUAAUCUUCUGAAGCUUCUAGCAGAAGGUUACUCUUUCACGGCUACGAUGUUCAAAGGUGGCGCUACCAAACUUGACGUUGAGAGAUUGCGUGACAUAGCAAAGGAGGUGGGUAAGAAGAAGCGGAAAAAUAACCCGGUUACACACAAGGAAACGGACGACGACAACCGUAUUGCAGGCAUUGUGAUGUCUAUUCUCAAAACGGAGCUCCAAAGAGUUGAUGCGAAUGUGGCCAAAGCUGUAUCAGUUGCCGAAAAAACGGCUGUUCAAGUGGACUCCUUGGAGACCACUAUCAUGGUUUCAGUCAAUAAUCAGCUUCAAACCUUCAAGGAUGAUAUCAUGCGGUCUUCCAUGGACGGUGAGGCCAACCCAAACCUCAGAACACAGAAACCUGGGGGGAACCUAAACACUGAGGUAAAUGAGGAAGAAAAUGGUGACAACAGUCAACCCAAUGGCGACAGAAGAUCAACAUCAGUGUUGGAGGGGUCUCAUGGGAGGGUAGCUAAUUCUACUUCACGCUUGAAUAACAAUGAUCAGGGCUUCGAGGCUGACUUCUUAUCAGCCAAUAGCCACACCAAAGAAUCUUCUAUGGUCUCGUCAAGAGCAGAGGUGAAUGGGGCCAAUGUUUCACGUAAGAUCAUUGGAGAGCUGUCAGAAGGAUCUCAUAAUGUCCACUAUGGUUCAGACAAUAUUGAGACUAACUUUGGUGGCUCGAAAACUGUGGCUCCAUCUCCAUCGCUUCCGGUAGCCACAGAAGAAAUCACAACAACCGCCAUUUUACAGGCUCCAUCUCCAUAUCCAUCGCUUCCGGUAGCCACAGAAGAUAUGAUUGACACAGUUCCAGAACAUAGGGAAGAAGAAGCAACAGACGACCCGUCACAUCCUCCACUAAGUCCUAAAAGCAAACGCAGUAAGGUGGUUCCAGGUGAACAUGUACAAGAGAUUGAAAGUGGGGAUGAUACACUUGCCCGAGCUCGUGAAGCCGACCCUUUUUUUACUGCAUACUCCUGCCCUGAUUUGGUAAUGUCCAAAUACACAAAGCUCGUUGGUAAACUAAGCAACAACUUUGUUAUAAAUGUUGCCGGGCUGGCAGUAACUUCCAAGGACAUCACGGGAAUCGUAGAACUCAGCCGUUCCUUACCAGCUAGGAUUAUUGAUAUCUUGGUGAGGUUUGUACGGACCACAUACAACAGUGCACCGAAUUGUAGCCGUGAGAGAAGUCCCAACUUUCUUGACACCAGAUAUGUUGUGUUGUUGUUGAAGCAUUAUCCAAAGUUUGAGCGUUCAAGAUCACAAGAGUCAUAUAAUUUUCCCAAAGAUCUUGUUCACUAUCUUGGUCAGGACGAGCCGACAAUGGCACCUUUCACUCAUCACUACUUUCCGUUUGAUCUAGGGAACAAAGACUGGGUUGUUGUGUGUUUCGACCUGAAAGCGUGGAAGUUAACUGUUCUUGAGUGCAAUAUGGGGCUCCGGUCUGAUGAAGAAUUGGCGAAACAACUCCAACCCUUCAGAGAUAUGAUCCCCCCACUUUUGAGGCGUACCGGAGUGCUCUCCACUACUGCUUCUUAUCCUGCUGUUGUGAUAGAGAGGCCUAAUGUGGUGCGUCAUAACAGCAACCGCUCACACUCUGCCCUAACAUCCAUAUUGCUCAUGCAAACGCAUGCAAGGUUUGGGAUUGAAAUCUGCAGGUCUAUCACUCCUACUACUCUCAAGGAAGAAGCGCAAAGACUUGUGGUGAUGUUGUAUGAACUACAUGAGAAGCUGUAG